GAAAACAUGACUUUUAAGGUUAGAAAAUUACAGACUAAUAAGGAAGCCAUUUUAAUACAGAAAUAUGGGCUUAAUGAAAAGUAUAUAUAAAAGGUAUUUUUAAUCUGUAAAACGAGAUGCAUCUAUAUAAUAGAAGUACAGGAGUAUAUGAAUGCAUUGUUUUUAUGUUUUUAGUUAGAAAAUUAACUAAACAACAUCCAGGCUUCACUUGAAGAUCAAGACAUGUUUUUCAUUGAAAUAUGAGUGUUCCAAUUUCCUCAGAAAAUGUGGAGCAACAGAAGGGGGAAUAGGCUAGAAAAAUUACUUAUUCCCUAUUUGAGUCAUAAAUGAAUCAGAAUAAUGCAAACAGUAUCAUGAACACAACACAAAUCUGUCAGAACUGUUCUCUAUACUUGACGCAUUUCUCGCGUAGCUUCUGCUGCUUCUCUCAUUUUUUUUACCUCCUUGAGCACAUGAAAUAUUUCCAGAUCCCAACGUGAUCCCUGUAAAUAUAACCAUCCCCCUUGUUAGUCCAUUAGUCCUGGGAUGGGUGAGGUUGACGCGUCAUUGUAAGGAAUCAAAGGGGGAUGGGACACAUUUGAGCUCAACACCUCAGUCCAGCCUCCGGUAUCCAGUGACUGCUGAAACUGAUUUUACAAAAAGGGGUGUAGGGGGAGAAGGGAGGAUGACUCCCCCAAUUUUCCUCCGUGACCGCUCCGCGGAGGGCGGGACUACUCGGAUGGGUUUGACAGCUGCAAGCCAAAAAAUGUGCAACGCACAGAAGAUCGGAGGAACCAUGCCGCUGCUCCAAGAUAACCGCCCUAUCAUGAGGAAGGGGAUGGAGUUUGACCCUCUGUAGUUUGCGUUUGCCCUCUUAAAUUUGGGCCAACCCGAGAUCAGAAAACAGCAGAAAAUACACAGUUUGAUUUUCCUGCGCGUUAUAGCGAUUUCUUUUGGGGGGUGGGGGGUGGAGAUGCAGCGUGCGCUAUCGUUUCCAGCAGCCGUGGAGCGCAGUCGGACCAAGGAGCGCUUGGAGGCGAGUCUGGCAGGGCUGUGUGAGCUGGAAUUCCGCAGGCAGAGGCAGGAGUGUCUGGUGCUGGGAGCUCUGGCUCUUGGAGAGCCUCUGGGCCAGGAUGGCUCAAGAGGAGAGCUGGAAUGCUUCAACAGCUGGGGCCAGGAAAACUUGACGCUGAGGCGUCAGCUGAGUGCUCUCCACAGUUCUCCGUGGGGCCUUAUGCAGGCACUGGAACAGCAGGUGGGAGAUCUGAAGAUUGACAUCGAUGACAGCUGCUGUGAGGGAGCUCAAGGAGAAACCGGUGACAGUCGGCCGAGUUCUGGUUUCUAUGAUUCAAAUGAGGGUCAGUCACCAAAAGGAAAAUCUUCCUCUGCUGAGCCCACUGAGCGUGUCUCCCCCUGGACGUACACCAAUGACAGGCCUAAGUCUCUAGGAGACAACUUCAUGCUGAAUGGGGAGUUUGAUGUACCAGUUAUUCGCCCCAACCUUCCUCGUUCUUUCUCUGCACCUCAUCCACCACUGGAGGGCAUUGUAGAGGAGGGAUCAGUUGGGGGCUCUUGGUGGUGGAACCCCAGCAAUGCCAGCCACACCUGGCAGCAGCAGCCUGCCGAGGAUAAAAUCACAGAGGAUGACCACCAACAGGCUUUCAGAGUGGAGGGUUACAUCUUGAGUCUCAUCCAGCGUUACGCUCUCCUACCUCGGCCAUGUCAGCCUCGCACCACCCUGACCCCUGACCCCCCAUACUGCGGUGCUUCCGGACACAGUUCCCAACACAGAAGAACUCCCUCUCUAAGCACAGAGCAACGCCUUCCUGACCCCCAUCCUCAGCCCCAUGUUGACCUAUCAGCAAACCUUAAGAGUCAGGAAUGGGGUUGUGACCUGCCGGAGGGGGAGGCCUGCAGUGCAGAGGCCGCAUCUUUUGAGGAGGGUUGUUAUUUGCCUCUCUCCUACCCCCAGCCUAGAUCAAACCCAAUGACAGGGAGACUACCAUCACCUCUGUCCUCAUUUGAGCCAAACUGUGGCGUUGGGAAUCUUGACCUUUGCUGUGAAUCCCCAUCCUCCCAACAAAACCUUCAUCCACAACCCUCUGUUUAUCAAGUACACAAUUUAGUAAGUGCUCAGUUUAUUCCAGGACAAGCCUGUCAUGCUCCUGUACGGUCCCCCAGACACUACAAACCUGAACAGUCAAAGGCCAACCGAGCUGCCGCCUCUCCCGAUCAGCCCAACUCAAAGUCCAGAGCUCCUAAAAAAGGUCACAAUGAUCGACAAAAAUCCAAGAAGGCACACAACAAAACCAACCGAUCCCCGUCUGAAAACAAUCUACCAGGACAGAGGAUGGUUCCUGACAGGAGGUACAGCACCACAGAAAGGCGCCUGGGACGCAACAAUCCUGUCCAGAACCAAAGCCAAAUCAGUGCUCCCCAAAUAGCCAACAAGGGCCACAGUGGAAAUCGGCGCUGGUGCUCCAACCUGGAGCUCAGCCAGGAUGAGAGUGAGAUCCAGAAUCCAGCGCAGGUGCACAAACGAUCGUCUCGAAAAGUUCGUCACGGUCACACUUGCUCCCAGUCCCAUUCCCACCAACAGCCCGCCCAGCGAUGGCACCAGGACUCUCAGGCCCGAGCUCCCCUCUGUCAGAGUGAGGAAGGUUACGCCAGAGCCGCCCCCGUAGAAUCUGAGUCCAGCAUGAGCGAGGUGUACUCCCCGCCUUCCAGCUCGCUGUCCAGCGAUUCGGAUGAAAGCGGUGGGCUUGUGUGGCCUCAGCAACUACCACCUCGCCUUGCUUCUACCUCGUCCUCAUCGUCUGCAUCGCCACAAGCUUCUGCCAGUGCCGCGACUCAGCCCAAAGCCUUUGUCAAGAUCAAAGCCUCCCAUGCUCUCAAAAAGAAGAUUCUCAGAUUCCGCACAGGGUCUCUUAAAGUCAUGACCACUGUUUAAGUCAAAAUCUGUUUUAAACCUAUACAACCUUUACCAUUAAGAUAUAAAACAAUUCUGAGCAGCUUCAUGGCUGCACCUUUCGGUCACAAAUCCUACACUAAAUAAUAAACCAUUCUAUUAAGAUUAAACAUAGCUCUACUGUGUCCUUGAUGAGAUGCAUUCAUGAAAAUGAUUAAAAAUGUAGAUCGACGUCUUCUUUCUGUCUGGUUGAAAUUAUGUCCCACUCGACAACCAUCAGAUACUAGAAUGAUGGGCACCAUUCUGUUCUCAUUGCUUCAUGUUACACUGUGAUAACAGACGGCCAAAAAAUUAGGCGACUGGCUUUGUUUUUUUUUGUUUAUUUGUUAUUGCCAUUUAAGUUAAUUACUUAAAUCUGUUUUGUUCAUGAAAUCACUAUCUGCAACAGGAACACAUGGAAUCCCAACUCUUAGAGGAUGUUCAGUCAGUUGCUUUACUUUGUGGCUAAAAACAAUAAUAAGAAAUUACACAUAUGACACAAAGGCAAUUUAAUAAUUAUCACAUAACAUUCUGGCUUUGUAAAAUCAAUGACAUUUUUUGUAGCGCAAGUAGAUAAAAAAUUGUUGGAAUCAUAACCCAGAAAAAUAUUAUAUGGAUCUCACUGAAGAAAACCAAUAUUUUUCAUUAAUUAUGUUCUAAUGUCCUUGUAUGAAAGGUGACAAAUCAGCUUUCAAACCGGAGUGCAAUAUGAAUGUUUUGCCGGUAGUGUCAGUAAGUUUAUCUGCCUUUCCUAAAAAUAGUUUCAACCCUGUUUGCCCCGUUACUGGACACAGAGCCAUACAUCAUUUUUGACUGUGGAAAUGUGCAUGUUUUCUUCUGGCUGUGAUCUUUAUUAGGUUAGGCAUGAUUAAUUUUGUUAGGUGCCCUUUAUUGGAAUGACACCAAACAAAAUUCACCCUCUCCUUGUGCAAAACACAUUCAGUUCACUGGAUCCCACUUUAAUUAAAUCAUCUGCACUCCAUGACUGCUUCUUUUUUAGCCUACUAGAACCUUGUUUCUUCUAAUUUCGUGAUGAUGGUUCUAGUUUUGCAUUUUAUUAUAAAUCAAAAUAUUUCAGCUGAAUUCUUAUGGUGUGCUCCUUUUUUGUCAUUGUGCAUUUUCUUUUUUCAACUCAUUUGGCCUCGAGUUUCAUGUCCUGCUGCUUUCAUGUCCUCCUUGGUCUACCUUGAUGUUUUUCUUUUACGACCUUCACAUUUUGCUUUAACUUGCUCCAGAUUUUAGACAUUACUGAGGAUAAGCAACUUACGUUUUUUGCCACACUCUGUUGAUUUACUUUUGAAGGAGUUGUAUGGCACUUUCUGUUUAGUCAGUUGACAUCUUACUUGGGGCAGUGUUUCCUUCAAUCUACCAGAUUCAACCAGGGGUACACCGUGGACAGAGCAUCGAUCCAUCACAGGGACAACAUAUGAGACAUGAAGAUAUUAACUCACACACUUAGACCUUAGAGCAAUAUACUCUUUGGUUCACCUAAAAUGCAUGAUUUUAAACUUUAGAAUGAAACUCGAGUACCCAGAGAGAACCUAUGCAUACAUACAGAGAGAACGUCCAAACUCAAUACAGAGAGUCUCUAGGCCAGAAGGGUUUGAACCCAGAACCUCCUUGCUAUACAAUGACUGUACUUACUUACUUGGCACCCUAUUUUUAGCAUGUUGGUAAUCAUAAUAAAGACAAAUAUAUUCUUUGGUGAAUAUUGUUGGCUAGAUUUACCUAAAUAUUAUUUUAGAAGGUAAUUGUUUUAUAUUUUGGGAACUUUCGAAUGUCGCCUCUGCAGCAGCUCAAAGUCUGUCCAUGUUCUAGCAGUUUAUUAGAAAUAUUUACCUGAGAAAGAAUACUCAUCUAUAUUUUCCCACAAAUCAGCAUAUUGCACUGCUCUUUUUGGGAGAUUCAUUUGAACACUUUACUCUUCUAAUUGGCAUCAAAUCCCAAAUUAAGACAUUUAUUGAAAGUGAUCAACACAAGGCUUUAUCAGCCCAAUAUUUUGUCUUUGCUCCAAAGAUGCAUCAACAUUUACUGGCUAAUGUUGAAACUCUGAACAGGAACUAAAUGCAUCACACUUUAUUGUAACUGUCCCUGUCUUCAAUGCUGCAUCUAUGUGGAUUAACUCAUACAUGUACUAAUAUGUACCGUUUGCUACGGCUUCUCAACUCCAAUAAGCACCAAUGAACUGGCAUCUGUGAGUCACAGGGUCCAGUAGAGGCUAUGUCACUGUAUCAGUAUACAUUCAUGUAUGUGUUUAAAGUAUGUUUCAGUGCACAAUAAAAAACAGGAAAACACCUUUGUAUAUAUGUUGGUUUUUGUAUACAUCAUCACAUGGCCUUGUUUGCAAUGAAUGUACUAUGUAAAUUGUACUUUUGUCUCAACUUGGUACCUUUUAUGUACACUUUUGUGGAUUUUUCUGACUUUUUAUGAUGCAAUAAAUGAUUCAAAAAUUACCAUUUCAA